AUGCCCAUCGAAGUAACGCGCAUGAAAGAGGCCGAUAUCGACGGCGCAAUCGAUACUAUACAACAAGCUUUCGCAAAUGAUCCAUACAAUAACUGGGUAUUCCCAGACCGCGAAAAGGUCUCUCUUACGCGAAAUCGCGUAUCGCUCACCCUCCGCUGCCGCUGGGGCAUCGAACAUGGCCUCUUCCAUGUCGCGCGCAAUACUUCAAACCCCUCCAAGAUCCUCGGCUGCGCAAUGUGGCUUCCACCCCGACCCACAUCAGAGCCCGAGUCCUGGUCCCUAUACCUUUCGUACUGGUAUCUCUGGGCCAACCAAAUACGCAUGAACCUGUGGUACGGCCGUGGUGGGCUUAAUACGACACGAUAUUGGAUAUGGAAAGCGCGACAGGAAGAGGCGCAGUCUGAACUGUGGACGGAUUCGAAAGGGUACUAUUUCUGCAACAUCGUCACUGUAUUGCCGGAGUGUCAGGGACAAGGUGUAGGAAGAGCAUUGAUGGAAGAGGUGCUGAAUAUGGCUGAUAAGGAGGGAAGGAGCUGCUAUCUAGAGAGUAGCAGGAGCGAGCCGAAUGUAGCCAUCUACGAGAAGUUUGGGUUUCGGCUGGCGAGAGAGAUGGAAUGUAGGGAUGGAGAGGGAGACAAGGACGCUAUCAAGCUAUAUUGCAUGCUGAGGGAGCCAAAAGCUGGUCAGAGUCAGGUGGACUCAGACGUAGGGAACAAGAGUGUUGCUACAGAAACGGCCGGGACGACACCAGAGAUAGGGCAGUGA